GGAAGCAAGGAAGGCAGGAAGGAAGGAAGGCGGGCUCAGCCAGCGCCAGAAGCAGGAGCAGCAGCAGCAACAGCAGCAGCCUCUACCCGCGGAGGCAGGAGCAAGGGAAGGAAGGAAGGAAAGGGGGCAAGAAGGGAGGCAAGCGGGCGGGCGGGCGGACGGGCGUCCGUCGGGGGCCUCCAUGCGGCGCUGCUGCCGGGCGCGGGGCCGAAGGAGCAGGACAUGCGCUCAGGAGCCCCGGCCCUGGGCCGCCCCCGCCGCCGGACCCGCCGCCCCCUCCUCCCGCCUCCUCCUCCUCCUCCCUCUUCCUCCUCCUCCUCUUCGGCCGCGGGAGGUCGUCAAGAAGCGGCGGAGGGAUGCGAGGCGCCGCCGACGCCGCCCUCUCCCUCCUCCCCCUCCUCCUCCCGCUCUUCCUCGGCGCCUGCCUCAGACUGGUGUCAGGGAAAGGAGAAGCCAAGUCCACCCCGUGGAGCAUGCCCCAGCCAAUGUCUCCCUCUGAUUUCCUCGACAAGCUCAUGGGCCGGACCUCGGGUUACGAUGCCCGCAUCAGACCCAAUUUCAAAGGCCCGCCUGUCAACGUGACAUGUAACAUCUUCAUCAACAGUUUUGGGUCAGUCACAGAAACGACCAUGGACUACCGGGUCAAUGUCUUCCUGCGGCAGCAGUGGAACGAUCCCCGCUUGGCCUACCGAGAGUACCCCGACGACUCCCUGGACCUGGACCCCUCCAUGCUGGACUCCAUCUGGAAGCCAGACUUGUUCUUUGCCAAUGAGAAGGGGGCCAACUUCCACGAAGUCACCACCGACAACAAGCUUUUGCGCAUCUUCAAGAACGGGAACGUACUUUACAGCAUCAGGUUGACCCUCAUCCUCUCUUGCCCCAUGGAUCUGAAGAACUUCCCCAUGGAUAUCCAGACAUGCAUCAUGCAGCUGGAGAGUUUUGGCUACACCAUGAACGACUUGAUCUUUCAGUGGGUGAAGGGCCAGGAAGCCGUUCAGGUGGCUGAAGGCCUGACGCUGCCCCAGUUCAUCCUGAGAGACGAGAAGGACCUGGGCUAUUGCACCAAGUCAUACAACACUGGAAAGUUCACCUGCAUCGAGGUGAAGUUCCACCUGGAGCGGCAAAUGGGAUACUACCUCAUCCAGAUGUACAUCCCCAGCCUGCUGAUCGUCAUCCUCUCCUGGGUCUCCUUCUGGAUCAACAUGGAUGCUGCUCCUGCCCGCGUGGGGCUGGGCAUCACCACUGUGCUGACCAUGACCACCCAGAGUGCAGGCUCCCGGGCCUCGCUACCUAAGGUCUCCUAUGUCAAAGCCAUAGACAUCUGGAUGGCUGUCUGCCUCCUCUUCGUCUUCGCCGCCUUGCUGGAGUACGCUGCCGUCAACUUUGUCUCUCGGCAACACAAAGAGUUCAUGCGCCUUCGCCGGAGGCAGCGCCGGCAGCGGAUGGGCCUGGCCAGCUGGACGCCCAGCCUCGAGUCCCUGCAGCAGCUGGAGGACCUGCCCAGCAGCAGCGAGUCCACCUACGAGACCCUCUCUCAAUUCAGCAGCAUCGGCUCCAGGGAGGAGGAGCUGGUCCGAGAGAGUCGCUUUUAUUUCCGGGGCUACGGCCUGGGCCACUGCCUGCAGCAAGCGAAGGACAGUGGAGGAGCCCCGUCUGCAGAGAGCCCACACCUGUACAGCCCCCCACCCCCUGCCGCUGCCGCUGCCGCCGCUGCCGCUGCUCUAAUACGGGAAGGGGAGCUGCUCCGGAGGCGCUACCUGGACCGGGCCAAGCGCAUCGACACCAUCUCCCGGGCUGUCUUCCCCUUCACCUUUUUAGUCUUCAACAUCUUCUACUGGCUGGUCUACAAAGUCCUACGUUCCGAGGACGUCCACCCGGUAGCUCCCUGAGGAGUCAAAGGGGCCGAGGAAGGAGCCCAUGGGACAGGCUGCUUGUGACCUUCCUCUCGGCAUUUGCUCAACUGCGAGACGCUAGGGCUGUGAGCGACUCCUUCAACCAUACCCUCCCUUUUUGGUGGAGUCACCCAAGCCUCCUGGCCAGGACUCUCGCACCAGCCAUGGCCACCCCUUUCCAGAGGCUGCUAUCUGAACCCAUAAAAUUGGCUUCUGUACUGGACCUGUUCAUCCUUCAGGGACAAGCCAGGCCUGCCAGGUCCAGUGGGUCAGGCUCAGCCUUUCCAAGUGUGCAGCUGCCCUCCUCCAGUGCAUGGACCACAGUGCUCCGCAUGACGCAGAGGAGGAAGCAUGGUGGGCUUCCACCCAGCAACCUGGCCUGGUGCUCAAGGCCCCACUUGUGCUUGUGUCCUGCACUGCUAGCUUGGAGGGUGGGCCAGAAGCUGCCUCAGCCCCCCCAGUAAAAACCCAUGUCCAUCCCAGCCACAUAAGAAGAGCAAAUAGGUGCUAUAGGAUUGCAUUCAUUCCCAGUGCCAAGCAUCCUUAGUGGAAUGAUACACCACUGACCUCACAUAGUAACUACAACAGUGUUACAUUAGUAUGUGGUUGAAUACAGGUGAUGGAUAGAACUAAGGUUCAUCUAAAUUUUAAGAUAUGGAACAUGAAUUCAAUUUGGAUGUUUGGGCCGUUGCAGCUAUCAGACCCAUAGGUUUGUCUUGCGCUGUGCUUUGCAGACAGCAGGAGCCUAGGCUAAAAGGAACCAAGGCACUGGCCACUGGCUUUGGAGAACUUCAAGAGGUAGGGAAAGAGUUCUUUGUGUAGGCUUCUCUCUGGCUUGGAGGGAGCCUCCCUGGAUGCUUUCAUGCUCCAUUUCAUUGCCUGUUCCGUGGUGGAGUUUUUCGCAAAGCUAAGCUCCAGAACCUCGUUGGCGAAGUGUGUUAAAGCACUGAGCUGCUGAACUUGCAAACCGAAAGGUCCCAGGUUCAAAUCCCAGGAGCGGAGUGAGCGUCCGCUGUUGCUCCAACUUCUGCCAACCUAGCAGUUCGAAAAUAUGCCAAUGUGAGUAGAUCAAUAGGUACCACUCCGGCGGGAAGGUAACGGCACUCCAUACAGUCAUGCCAGCCACAUGACCUUGGAGGUGUCUAUGGACAACACCGGCUCUUCGGCUUAGAAAUGGAGAUGAGCACCAACCCCCAGAGUCGGGCAUGACUGGACUUAAUGUCAGGGGAAACCUUUACCUUUUUAAGCUCCAGAUGUCUUUGAGCAGAGGGUCCAGGAAAGCAGGUGGUUGAUCAUUCCGAGAACUGGCUCUACCUGUGCAAUUCCAUUUCAGGAGACCCUCGUCCUGGCAGCAGAGGCCCGUUUAUCUGCUUCUGACUUCAGGACAUCCUUUGGUUGCCAGGACUCCCACAUAACGUCCCCUUUCAUCAUCCCGUCCCCACAUGCCCCACUCCAUGGACUAAAUCUUCCUGUGUGUUGGCUCCGGAGGGCCACCUGUUUCGCAACAGCCUCCCUUCUCCAUGCUGCUGCCUUUUCAACACAUGCCCUCACCUCGUUGCCAUGACCACCACAUCCCAUUUUGACUUUGUAUGAUUGCAAUGAUAAGACUGCACGGAGAAUCAUCCACUUUAGCAACAGGAAAAAUCCCCACAAAAGCCUCACUGCUUUCGGGAAGCAGGAACUGGCUUUUUCAGAAUGCCAUCAUUUGGCAGUGACAUCAAGUGUAUCAGGAACACAGGAUGCUGAAACAGCUUCCCUGCAUCAUCUCUCUGGAGAGGCCAGUCAGAAUUCAACCUAGGGCUUCAUGCAAAGGAAAAUGGGGGCUGCCCUGAGACCGAGUCAGUCCCUUGGGACUGUCCAUCCAGCCCAGUGCUGCUAACAUUGGCUGGGUCCACUCUGGGAUUCCAGCUAGGACUCCUUGGCAGCUCCUGUUAGGAAGCCACAUCUGGAUCCAGUUCAGGCUAGCUUCCAAAUGCAACUGAGUUCAGACAGGAUGAGAAUAGAAUUCCACAUAAAUGCUCUGAAGAUUAACAUAACCCCUGACAGGAAGUCUGACGGCAGACUGAAGGGGUCCCAAGGAUCAUCUGUUCCAACCCUGUUCUGCCAGGAGAAAAAAUGCAUUUCAGGUUUUGUUUGGGGGGAGUGGAGGCUCAAUGCCCUGGCCUAGCCAAGACAAAUGGGCCACUCUCUUUAGUGCUCUCACUGGAAGGGCCAGCCUGGGCCUUUCUUCCCACCCGACUGCUCUCUCUGCUUGGAUGGCCCUCCACCAGAGGUGGAAAAGGGGUGUGUUCCUUGGGGGUCCUCUCCUGCUGCUGUCCUCCAUGGGGCAUGUCUGGGAGGGGCCUCAGCCAGAUAUAAACCUGGACAGUCCCUGGAGAGACUGGGGGAGUUUUGGAAACAAUGCAUUUUUAAAACAAAUUCUGAUCUUCCUACACAAAUAAAAAUGCCUUGGGGGUUUUCA